ACAACACAAACCAGAAGCCAAAAUAGAGAGCUUAUAUAACACAGACAAUCUCUCUUUCUCUCUCCAUAUUCCUCUCUACAUUCCUUCCUAUUGUCACCAUUUCUCUUCCUCUGUUUCUCACUAUUCGCCAUUUCUCUUCCUCUGUUUCUUCGUUUCUGACUACAUUUGUGUAUCUUUCUGCUUCUGUUUUCUUUUGAUAACAGAAGCAGAAAAGCUUAGGUUUUUACUACGCUUUUUGGCGAAGAAAAAAGAGAAAAAAGGAGCAUUUUGUGGGCUGUCUAUCAUCAAUCUUGUAGGGUUAUGAAUUAGUGUCUCUGACAUUUCAGCUCUACCACCAUUGUUUUUGCGUGACCCAGAAGCAAAACCACAGAGAAAAGAAAUAUUCUUCCUCUUUUCUCAAAGCAAAGCCUUUCAUAAAUACGUAUAGUCAUAUAGAUCUAUUGGGUUUUAACAAACUCUGUUUUGUUCUGUUUUCCUCUGUUUUCAUUGUAUUUUCCCUAUACUCUGUUUUUCAACCUCAAAAAAACAGAGCAAAAGUUAUAUAAAUGGAUCGUCUUUCAUCAACAACUCUUCUUCCUGAUACAUUUGCGGGUGCUAGAGAUGACAUUACAGAGCAGCUUGCUCUGGUUUGGGGUCAGAUCAAAGCGCCAUUGAUCGUCCCGCUUCUUCGAAUUAUGGUGGCUUUCUGUUUGAUAAUGUCUUUGAUGUUGUUCAUUGAGAGGGUAUAUAUGGGCAUUGUCAUCACCCUUGUGAAGCUCUUUGGUCAAAAACCAGACAAGCGUUACACAUGGGAGCCUAUUAAAGAUGAUGUUGAGUUGGGUAAUUCAGCUUAUCCGGUGGUUCUUGUCCAAAUCCCAAUGUACAACGAAAAAGAGGUAUAUCAACUCUCAAUUGGAGCUGCAUGUGGCCUUUCAUGGCCUUCCGAUCGCAUAAUAAUUCAAGUUCUUGAUGAUUCAACAGACCCCAUAAUCAAGGACCUGGUGGAAUUGGAGUGCCAGAGGUGGGCAAGCAAAGGGAUAAACAUAAAGUACGAAAUCAGAGACAACAGGAAUGGCUACAAAGCAGGGGCUUUAAAAGAAGGGUUGAAGCAUAACUAUGUGAAACAAUGCGACUAUGUGGCCAUUUUGGAUGCGGACUUUCAACCUGAACCUGACUUCCUAUGGCGCACCAUCCCUUUUCUCGUCCACAACCCCCAGAUCGCCCUUGUUCAAGCUCGUUGGAAAUUCGUGAACGCAGACGAGUGCUUGAUGACAAGAAUGCAAGAAAUGUCACUGGACUACCAUUUCACUGUGGAGCAAGAAGUGGGUUCAUCCACUUAUGCCUUUUUUGGCUUCAAUGGGACUGCUGGAGUGUGGAGAAUGGCUGCGAUCGACGAGGCUGGAGGAUGGAAGGAUCGGACUACAGUGGAAGAUAUGGAUUUGGCUGUCCGAGCUAGUCUCAAAGGUUGGAAGUUCUUGUACCUUGGUUCUCUCCAGGUCAAAAAUGAACUGCCAAGUACAUUCAAGGCCUACCGCUACCAACAGCACCGUUGGUCUUGUGGUCCUGCCAAUCUUUUCAGGAAAAUGGUAAUGGAGAUCAUAAGAAAUAAGAAAGUGUCUUUGUGGAAGAAGGUUCAUGUAAUCUACAGCUUCUUCUUGGUUAGAAAGAUUGUAGCCCAUAUUGUCACUUUCGCGUUUUACUGCGUGGUAUUGCCUGCAACAGUGUUGGUACCCGAAGUUGAGGUUCCGAGAUGGGGAGCAGUUUACAUUCCUUCCAUCAUUACCAUACUUAAUGCAAUUGGAACUCCAAGGUCACUUCACUUGUUGGUUUUCUGGAUUCUUUUUGAGAAUGUCAUGUCACUACACCGGACAAAGGCUACCUUCAUUGGUCUUCUGGAGGCAGGGAGGGUGAACGAAUGGGUUGUCACUGAAAAACUCGGGGAUGCUCUCAAGUUAAAAUCAGCGUUCAAAGCAUUUAAGAGACCUCGAUUUAGGAUUGGAGAAAGGCUUCACUUGUUGGAGCUUGCCACCGGUGCCUACCUCUUUUUCUGUGGCUGCUACGACGUUGCCUUUGGGAAAAACCACUACUUCGUGUACCUCUUUGUCCAAGCAAUUGCUUUCUUCAUCGCGGGGGUUGGUUAUAUUGGCACCUUUGUUUCCAACUCUUAGAGGAACUUCUGAGGUGACUCUCAAGUAUAGUCGUUUUGGUAUCUCUCGCCCUAUGCUUGUGCCUUCCUCAGCACCACAUUGAAGUGGCGUCUCUUCACCAACAUCUUCUUGUCUUUUAUCCUUUCAUUUUUUUUUUAAACUUUUUGCAGUUUUCCCUUGUAAAAAGAACCAAGCAGGGUAUUCUUUCAAGUAAAGACACAGUUCAAGUCUGUCCCUCAAACAGAUAAGUUCAUGUGUAUAUUCAAAAAGUAGGUAUCUGAAUGCACCAUACAAAGAAGACAACAAGAAGAAACAACCGAGGAAGCAAAGGCAUAAUCUGUGUUUUUCAUUACAAGUAGAUAGAGUGAACAUCUUUGAAAUGUAGCGAUUGUGAUUGUGAGAUAUUUGUAGCAAUUUUUCCCUCCUUUGUAUUUGAUUGGGUUUGUUUGAUGAAUAAAUUGAUGAGAGAUUUUUUACAAUAACC